CGCCCGCCCACCCGCCUGCCCCUUUAGCUUGCUCGCUGCCUCUCUCUGUCUCCCUGUCUUCCCUCUCUCUGCCCUCGCACUUGCGCGCACGCGGAUUGUUGUUGCGACUGGGUGCUUUUCUGUCGCAUCUAAACGGGGGGGAAACAGCGUCUCUCUUUCUCUCCCAUGCCACCACACAAACCUCCUCACGAUUCGCUGGCCGACGACCUGGCGUUGCUCGGCCGCUUGGAUGCCGAGCUUGUUCGCACAGUUCUGGGAGAACUGACACGCCGUCAGGCAUGCUCGAGGGUGACGGUCAGCGUGCCGGACUUUUUCCAAGCCGUGGCUGAGACCCUUGCCACGCGCCUUGCGGCCGAUCUGUCUGGGCGCUCCCUCUGCCCAUUGGAUCUUGCCCGGCGCUGGUGGACUAUCUGUGUCCAGCCAGCCGGCGGGCCAGACGCCGGGGGCCUCGAGCACGCCCUACUCGACAGCCUGUCGACCCCAACGGGCCUGUUGGCGGGCGAUGUCGAGCUUGUUGGGCGAUUCCUCGAUUCCCUCGGUCCUGCGACCACACCGGCUGACAUCAACAACACCGAGGAUGACCGGCUGCAGGCAUUUUUCGCCCUGCCUGAUGGCCACCCGAAUCGGUUGGACCUCGUCCGGCGAAUGGCCAUCGAACUGUUGCACCUUCGCUCCGGGGAUCCCCUCCAAGCUGAAGCCCUCCCAGCCCCCCCGGAGGAUGAGCGUCUCGCUUGGCGCGAGCGCCAAAUGGCCCUCUUCCUGGAGGCCGAUUCUGUGCGCGACGCGGGCAACCUCCUGCACUCGCUGUCGACGCCACACCAGUUUGCCCUGCUCGACAUUGUGGACACUCGAAUCAUCUCCUCCUCUCCGGCAUUGGCCUUCCUCAGCGGCCCCACCCGGACAUUUUCCCUCUUCUCGGCUCAAUCCAUCGUGGGCCAUAGCAGCCCGGUGGAUGUGGAUCUUGCUCUGUCCGGCUCGUGUGUCGGCAUCCAGCAGCGACAUGCCCUCAUUUGGUUUGAGCCCUCAAGCGAAUUCCGGGUCUGCCUCCUCCCUCCCACCAGGGAAGAGGAGGUUGCGGAUGGCCGGCCAAACGAAAUGCUCAUGGUCAACGGCCAACCGGUCCUCCCCGGCGAGUGGACAACCCUUCCGAAUGGGUCUUUUGUGGAGUUUUCCCAACAAGAAUUCAUCUUCUGGUGGAACCCCGCCUUUUUCCUGAAGGUACGGAGAUUUGCGUCGAUCACACCGGCCGCGGCCUCAACGCCGGUGGCCCCUUCGGCGGUCUUGCCCCGGGAGACCGCCACCGAUCCCCCCGACGCCGACACCGACGGGGCCACUGCCCCGAGCAAACGUGAGCCAGACACCCCGGGGUAAUGGGUUAAUCUACUUAAUUGUCUUUCCG